GGGUGGGGCUGCGGCUGCGGAGCAGGUGGAGGGCGGCCCUGGUGGCUCCGCGCCGCGUCCCCGCCACUCGCGCCAGCCCCGGAUGCCCGCCUGCCCGCACCUGUGCCCGGGCCCCCGACCGUCCAGCCUGCCUUCCUGGACUGGCCGGGACGCGGGGUCCGAGCUCUCCGGGGGCCCCAGUGCCAAUGCCCUGCCGGCUGCCCCGGGGCCCGGCUGCCGCGCUGCUCGCCCUCCUGGGCUUGGGGCUCCUGUCCCUGCGCUUCCACUCCAGCCUGACUGCCCGGGGCGCGCAGGAGCACUCCGGGCUGAGCGCUCCGAGUCCCCAGCCCCGGGAGCUGCAACUUCGGGACGUCUUCAUCGCCAUCAAGAGCACUCGGGCUUUCCACCGCCCGCGUCUGGACCUGCUACUCGACACGUGGGUCUCUAGGGCCAAGCACCAGACGUUCAUUUUCACUGACGGUGUGGACACAGGCCUCCAGGAGAGACUGGGGUCCCACCUUGUGGUCACCAACUGCUCCGCAGAACACAGCCACCUGGCCCUGUCCUGCAAGAUGGCUGCGGAGUUUGACGCCUUCCUGGCCAGUGGGCUCCGGUGGUUCUGCCAUGUAGAUGACGACAACUAUGUGAACCCCAGGGCACUGCUACAGCUGCUGACAGCCCUGCCACAGGGCCGUGACGUCUACAUCGGCAAACCCAGCCUGAACCGGCCCAUCCACACCUCUGAGCCCCGGCCGCACAACCGCACGAGGCUGGUACAGUUCUGGUUCGCCACAGGGGGCGCUGGCUUCUGCAUCAACCGCAAACUGGCUUUGAGGAUGGCUCCGUGGGCUAGUGGCUCCCGCUUUGUGGACACCUCUGCUCUCAUCCGGCUGCCUGAUGACUGCACCGUAGGCUACAUCAUCGAGUGCAAGUUGGGGGGACACCUGCAGCCCAGCCCCCUCUUCCACUCGCACCUGGAGACCCUGCAGCUGCUGGGAGCUGCCCAGCUGCUGGAGCAGGUCACUCUCAGCUAUGGUGUCUUUGAGGGAAAACUCAAUGUCAUUAAGCUGCCAGGCCCCUUCCCCCUGGAAGAGGACCCCUCCAGGUUUCGCUCCCUACACUGCCUGCUCUACCCGGACACGCCCUGGUGCCCGCAGCUGGCAGGCCGGUGACCUCCGGCAGGAGAGGGCGGCGCUUCUGGCCACACCAUCACCUUCCGGGGAGGAGCUGUGGGCCUUGGUGAGCACGGGCUGCUGGGAAGCCCAGGAUCCGGAUGGCAGCUGGCACCAAGCAUUGCAGGCCCUCGAGGGGCAGACAGGCUGCGUGUCUGGCUCCUGUCACCUCAGGUGCCCAGCUGGAUGAGGACGGGGACAUCUGAGCUGGGCUGGUGUCUCAGGCUCUCUCCCGGGGCUCAAGCAGUGGCCACAGUUCUGGCUUCCUGGCUAGAUCCUCUGUCCCUGAGGAUCCUGGGCGGAAUCAUGGCACAGCCCAAGUCUGUGACUGAUGUCCCAUUUCCGGGGGCUCCGUGCCACCAGCUCUUGCUAAAAAGCCAUAGGAUGCUCUGACCCAGGUGAUGAUCAGAGUGGGUCCCUGCCUGUCGUGGGAUGCUUUUGCUUCCUUCUCCACUGCCCUGCUGGGAGGAGUGACCAGGUGACCCAGCUCUGGCCAGCAGAAACUCGGCAAAGCCAAUAGCGAUGUUUCUGGAUGAGGCUUUGUAGCUCCAUACCCCGCCUUCCUGUUAUUAAUGUGGGUGUGAUGGCUGGAUCUGGGGAAGCCCCUUUGGCCCUAUGAAGGAAAGACCAAGACAAUCAUCCACAACUCUUCUUGCCAGCCUGGUUCUGAAGGAAAUUAAACCUUUAUUUAAGUCUC